AUGAACGACAAGGCCGGCGGACAGGAACGGGCAGAAGAUGUGUAUACUACGCCCCAGAAGAAAGGCGGCGUUAUCAACAAGCUGUACCCGCCAGGACCAACACCAGGCGCAAAAGAACGUAUGAAGAACCACUGCAGAAAAUUCUGGUGGUGUGAUUGUCUGGUCCUUGUGAUCAUUGUUUUGGUCGUUGUUUUGCCAAUCAUCUUUGUCGGCGUGCCAAACAAGGCCCAGCAUGAAAUCAACUCUUCGACACUCGAGGUUACUUCCCAAGAAGUCACGAAUCCGCAAGCAGAUGGUAUACAUCUGAAGAUUGACACUGUCAUCAGGAGUGGUAGUAGUUACCACCCUAAGAUCGAUGCCUUCCGUGCCGGACUGUCGCUGGAAGGCCAGGAGCCCUUUCUUUACGUCGAGAUUCCUGAAGCGAAAUCUGAAGCAGUAACACGUAUCACUGUCGAUCAGGAUGUCAAGUUUGCGAAUGGAGAUGCAUUCUCGAAUUAUACAAAGACUGUCCUGGGUAGCGAGACACUUGAAAUCCACCUUGAUGGCAAGACAAACAUUCAUCUGUCUGGUCUGCCAGCCAUGGAUGUUGAUUACAACAAAGUCGUUACGAUGAAAGGACUAAACAAGCUUUCCGGGCUCAACAUAACCGACGUUCGCAUUCUCUCCGGGAAGAACGAGAUCCUGUCAGACGGCUCCAACCUCAUCGCCAACGUUAGCAUCCCCAACCCCUCUGUCAUGACCCUCGACCUGGGCAACGUCACCAUGAAUCUCGCCGUUGCUGGCACUGCGAUCGGCUACGCCCUCAUUCCGGAUCUUCUCCUCAAGCCCGGCGAAAACAAGUUUCCGCUCCAAAGCCACGUUGAACAGCUCACUAUCCUGGGGCUGAUCCAAAACAAAUACAAAAACGGUGUGCUGCCGCUUGAUAUUGUGGGCAACUCGAGUGUGAAGGACGGCGUACAUUUGACGUACUACGAAGAUGCGAUCAAGAGUAACGAUAUCAAGCUGGAUUUGAAUGUUGGACCGGCGUUGGCUGGUAUUGGAAUUAACAUCACUAGCUUUGGGUCUUCGUAG